AUGCGGUCUAGUAUCGCUUGCGCACGAUGCCGGCGUAGUAAGAUCAAGUGUGUCAAUUCCGGCAUCGACACAGUAUGCCGAGCCUGCGAUACCUCCAACCGCGAAUGUGUCUACCCAACCCCAGCAAUAGGAGUGAGCGGCGCCAAACGAGACCUGGCGACCCUGGCAGAGGGCGACGAUCGGAAUGGGGACUGGGACGGUCCAAAGCGACACCGUUCUCGCAAGGUGGUGGGCAUGCCUGGCUCGGCAGGUUCCAAAGCCGGCAUGGAUGCGCUGGAUUCAUCAAUACUUACUCCCAAAGUGUGGGAGGCUGUCUUUGAUCUCUUCCAGUCGCAUUUCGCAACCCUUCUGCCGUUCCUACAUCCCGCAACCUUCCUCGGCCAAAUCCGACAACUUUCAUCUCCGGCUCCACCCGCGACCCUCGACGGUCAAGAUCCUCGAAAUUCCGCACCCAAAAUCGAUCCUUCUUCCUCGCUAAUUCCAUUGGGCGUUCUCGCCCUGACGGCCCGCUUUCAUGCCCCGCUGGCUGCGGCCCAUUCAUCACCCUCGCCCGGCCAUCCUUCAAACCCUCUAGCUGCAUCGGAAUACUAUGCGGCCGCCCUUCGCAGCCGGCUGGCCGGCUUGGAUGGCAUUAGCCUCGCUCAACCCGAUCUGACGCGCGUGCAGGCGCUUUUGAUGCUUGCCCUGCACGAAUGGGGCAUGUGCCGUGGCAAGAGUGCAUGGGUCUACGUGGGCAUGGCCAUCAGAUUGGCCCAGGCAAUGGGCCUGUCUUUCGAACUCGAGAACGAGUUCCCAGCCCGAGAUCCCUCCCUCUCAUCCCCCGGAUUCAAAGCCGAGGCCGAUCAUUUCGGGUUGCCGAGGCGGGUUGAACCCAGGGAGCCUACCUCGGAUGAUAUCAUUGCGCAAGAAACCAAACGCCGGACGUUCUGGGCCUGCUUCAUCCUCGAUCGAUGCCUGAGCAGUGGGAAAUACCGGCCCCGGAUGAUCCGAGUGAAAGACCUCGGAAUUCAGCUUCCGAGUGAUAACGCUUUCGCGUUCGGCGAGCGGGUACGAACGGCCCGACUCACUGAGCCGGCCGUUCGGCGGCCGCAGAGCUUCGGCUCCCAAAGCAUGCAGAUUCCUAGCAUCCGUCAGAGCAUUGGAGGAUUCGGGGAUGAAAAGCUACCUGGUCCCAACAGUACCCCCGACAACAAGCCUUGGUCGCCCAUCUCCCGCCGCAAAGACUCGAGCGAGGAAGAAGUCGACAGAUGGGAAGUUGGCGCGGAAGAGUCCGUACUCAGCCGCGUCAUUCGAAUCACCCGCAUUUGGGGAAGCAUUGCCAAAUGGUCCUGCGCUGGUGGUCGUCGGAUAGAGCAGUACCCCCCAUGGCACCCGGAGUCUCGCUUCUCUUCCCUUCGUCUCCAGUUGGCUGAGUUCCAAGAUAGCCUGUCUCGCAACCUGCAAUACUCACUUCGCAACACCGACACCCACAUCAUGUACAAGACUACGUUGGCUUCAUAUACUGUGAUGCAUGUCGUCUACUUCCUCUCAGUGAUCGUUCUCCACCGUGCUUAUAUCCCAUUCCUGCCCCUUCGCUGCAACGAGCCUGUCGGCCCACUGGACGAGCCCUUGUUCCCAAACGACAAGUCCAGUGGCACACCGGAUGGAUUCUGGCGCGAUAGUGCUCGUGAGCUUUUCAGGGCGGCACGACAGAUGAUUGAUCUUGUCGCCACCUGCCAAUCUCGCGGUGCCCUCGUUGAAAACCCACUGGUUGGAUUUGCUAUUUACAAUGCUGCCUUCAUUGGUUUGUAUGGCAACCAUUUCUCUCACAUGGAUCCCGAUGGGUUGAUGGGUGCUAAGCCACCUCCCACGAGCCACGACAGCCACCAGCUUGGUUCUGUACAGGCUCGCAAGGCUCUUGAUAUCAUACGGGAGAUGCGACCUCGCCUGAGGAUGGCGGUCGGUUGGUUCCGUACUCUCAACCGGCUUCACACCUACUUCUCCAAAGUCAAGCGCGAUUUCCGUCGGGUUUCCCGAAACCGACUGGACAGCAUGUCAGAUGCUUCGGAGCAUCCACCAAAUGGGAUCCGUACUCUUCGCGAAGGUGGAGUCGGCGGCGGAUUCGAAGAAUUCAAACUGCUUGAGAAGCUUUUCCUCGACUUUGGAAGUAUCGAGGAUCAAUUGACAGAGCCUGGAAUGGAGGACGAUGGCAUUGCCGUGGCGGCAGCUGGCGAACCGAUGUACGAGCGCAACCUCAGCGACGCCGGGAGCAACGCCGUCCGCAGUGAGACUGGUGACCCUAGUGACCAACUGCUUGACGGCGCCGGUGGUCGUCGUGAGUCAUGGGUGCCGGUCAACUCCCCCGGCAUGCCACUUUCCGGACAUGAUGGCGACCGUCGACCUAGCCUGCCACUACCAAACAGUCGUCCCAUGCCAUCCGGGUCUCCCUACUCCCUCCCAUCUCUCCAGCAACAUCACCCCGACGGCCCAAUCUACACCACCUCUUCGCCGGGUCUUCCCUCCCUAUCCGCUACCACCCAACCUCCCUCCCAGUACUUGACCGCAACAAGUAAUCGCUUAAACCCCAUCAACUCCUGGCUCCCUACCCGGCCCCAGGCUCCUCCCCCUCCAUACUCUCAAUCUCUUCCUCCCAUCACCGCGGCCACCUCGCACGCCAUCCCCGUUCUCCCACCUCCGGGCACUGUCACUCAACUCGCCCCCUCUCCUCCUCUGACCUCAACGGAGGGCCCAGACCCAAGCAUGCUCUCAACCAGUCUUGGUGGCGACGAUGUCCUUGCCUUCCUAGAUGGAUGCGAAUGGUCUCAGCUAUCCAUGCUGGCGCCCUCGGAAAUUGGAAUCCCCGCCGGUUGGCUGAGCACUGUCUGGGGCCAAUUUGGUCGCUGA